CUCUGCUCAUCUGUGGUGUUCUCGGGAACGUUCGGAGGCAGCGGAGCGCUUUGCCCCUGCUACGAACAAGCCGAGUUCUGGCGUUCACGCCGGUAGAUAUCCUCUUAUUUUCAGCCAAAUAACUCGGGAACGAUGGCGGGCGUCUCGUACCACAUCGCUAAUCUGCUGGAGAAGAUGACAUCCUCUGACAAGGACUAUCGCUUCAUGGCCACAAAUGAUUUGAUGCAAGAACUGCAAAAAGACUCGAUCAAACUUGAUGACGACAGUGAAAGAAAGGUAGUGAAAAUGCUGCUGAAACUCUUGGAAGACAAGAACGGAGAAGUACAAAACCUCGCUGUGAAAUGCCUAGGUCCACUGGUGAACAAGGUGAAGGACUACCAAGUCGAGACCAUAGUUGACAGCCUCUGCAACAACAUGAUGUCUGAAAAGGAGCAGCUGCGCGAUAUCUCUAGCAUGGGCCUAAAGACUGUAAUCGGAGAGCUGCCAGCCUGCAGCGGGGGCACGCUGGUGGCAUCGGUAUGUAAGAAGAUGACUGGGAGGCUCGGGCGAGCCAUUGGCCGCCAGGAGGACGUGGCUGUACAGUUGGAGGCCCUGGACAUUCUGGGGGACCUGCUGAGUCGCUUUGGUGCCAUGCUGCUUCCCAGCCAACCGGCCAUUCAAGAAGCCCUGUUGCCCCAACUGGCCUCGCCGAGGCUGGCCGUGCGAAAGCGCUCCAUUACUGCCAUAGGCUAUCUAGUGAUGAGCUGCAGUCAAGGCCUUUUCAACAAGUUGAUGGACACACUCUUAGAAGAGCUGGCAAAAAAUACUUCGACAUCGACCACAAGAACAUACAUACAGUGUAUAGGAACUAUUAGCCGGCAAGCCGGACAUCGCAUGGGUGACCACUUGGAACGGCUGAUGCCCUUGAUGGUGGAGUACUGCAAAGUGGAAGACGAUGAAUUGAGGGAACACUGCCUGCAGGGCUUUGAGAGUUUGCUUCGCCGCUGCCCCAAGGAAUUGGUGCCCCAUGUGCCAACAAUAAUGAAGAUUUGUUUGGAGUAUAUCUGCUAUGACCCCAACUACAACUACGAUGAUGAGGAUGAUGAGAAUUCUAUGGACAUGGACAGAGACUCUCAGGGGGAGAGUGAAGAUGAAUACAGUGACGAUGAUGACAUGAGCUGGAAAGUACGGCGGGCUGCUGCAAAAUGUCUGGAGGCAGUCAUUGCCACCAGGCAUGAAAUGCUCCCAGAAUUCUACCGUGUCGUUUCACCUGCACUGAUUGCACGUUUCAAAGAACGUGAAGAAAAUGUGAAGGUGGACAUUCUGCAGGCGUACAUUGCAUUGUUGCGACAGACUCGGCCACUUGUCACACCAUGCGUUGGUGGCCCUCUCAGUGGCGAUGACCCACGCACCCUUGUCGCGGCCCAAGUGGGUCCGCUAGUGAGGGGCCUUCAGCGGCCCUUGCGCGAGCGGGCCCUGAAGACCCGACAGGGUUGCUUGGCACUACUGACAGAGCUGCUGCAGCUGCUGCCCGGAGCUCUGGCAGACUAUCUACCAGCACUGUUGCCUGGAUUGCACUUUUCACUGAGUGACCGACAAUCCAGUUCCAACAUGAAGAUAGAUACUCUUGCCUUCCUGGGAUGCCUGCUCACACACCACAGCCCUCAGGUGUUCCACCCGCACAUUGACACUCUGUUGCCUCCCAUCAUAGUGGCUGUCGGGGACAGCUUUUACAAGAUAACAUCAGAAGCUUUGCUAGUUCUUCAGCAGCUGGUGAAGGUCAUCAGGCCGUUGGAUCAGGAAAGCUCUUUUAGGUUUGAGCCCUAUGUCAAAGACAUCUUCGAGUGUACCCUGACAAAGCUAAAGGCAGCCGACAUUGACCAAGAGGUCAAGGAAAGGGCCAUCACAUGCAUGGGCCACAUUCUUUGCCAUCUGGGUGAUUGCCUCCUGGCUGAGUUGGCGGUGUGCCUGCCCAUUUUUCUGGAUCGGCUUCGUAACGAGAUCACUCGGCUGACGACAGUCAAAGCACUUACAAAGGUUGCGGGAUCACCCUUGCGCAUAGACCUCAGCCCCAUGUUGUGUGAAUGUGUACUCUCCUUGGCAACUUUUCUCCGCAAGAAUCAGCGGGCCCUGAAAUUGGCAUCACUGACGCUGCUAGACACGCUUGUGCGAAACUACAGUGUGUACCUCUCUCCAGAUAUGGUGGCUACAGUCAUGCAAGAGCUUCCAGCCCUGAUAAACGAAACAGACCUUCACAUCUCGCAGCUGACGCUGAGCUUACUUACAUCCAUCUCCAGGGUGCACCAACAGUCAUUGUCUCUGGUGCCUUGUGCCAUCUUGCCCGAGAUUUUGGUGUUGGUGCGAUCACCUCUUCUGCAGGGUGGUGCAUUAAAUGCCAUGUUGGAGUUUCUCCAGGCACUGGUCUCCCUGGGCCUGCCUGGUCUAGGUUUCAAGGAGCUGCUACACGAGGUGAGUAGUCCCGUGUACCAGUCGGGAGGUGCUGGCGCCGUGGCCACCAUUCAUCGGCAGGCCUACCAUUCUAUGGCUAAGGCUGUGGCUGCGCUGACUCUGCAGUGCCGACAGGAGGCAAUACCUGUGGUGCAGAAGUUCCUGCAUGACAUUCAGGCUAAUCGCAGUGUGGACUCGAUUCAGCUCUUCGCCCUGCUUGCCAUUGGAGAAAUUGGCCGGCAUAUAGACUUGAGCAGCGUUGCAGAUCUCAAUCCUGUGCUCCUUGAGGCAUUCUCAUCACAGAGUGAAGAUGUGAAGACUGCAGCAUCCUUUGCCUUAGGUAAUGUGAGCGUUGGCAAUUUGACUGAGUACCUGCCUUUCGUGCUGAAGGAAAUUGGCGAACAGCCCAGGAGGCAAUACCUUUUGUUGCACUCGCUCAAGGAGAUAAUAAGCUGCCUGUCGUCGAGUCCCGAGAGCAUUCAGGCUCUUGACCCAUUCAUCGAGUCUAUCUGGUCCCUUCUAGUACAGCACUGGGAGUGCCCGGAAGAAGGAGCGCGCAAUGUAGUUGCAGAGUGCCUGGGUCGCUUGGCGCUGGUACGCCCUGCCCUACUCGUGCCUCGCUUGGAGGCCUGCCUGGACAGCCCCUCGCCGUUGGCUCGUGCCACAGUGGUGGCUGCUGCCAAGUGGGCGUUGGCCGAACGCUCUCCCAGCGCCACACACGCUGGUUCAGCCGGAGCACCUUCAGAAGCAUCGGCGGUGCUGCGGCCACGGUUGGCACGCUUCUUGGGUGCCCUGGGAGACCCAGAUCUUGGUGUGCGGAGGGUGGCACUGUUGGCUCUCAACUCUGCUGCUCACAACCGGCCCCAAAUGGUUCGAGACUUACUCGAUACGCUUCUUCCCCAGCUGUACCAAGAGACGAAAGUGCGGAACGAACUCAUUCGCGAAGUUGAGAUGGGGCCGUUCAAGCACACCGUGGAUGAUGGACUGGACAUUCGCAAGGCAGCGUACGAGUGCAUGUACACGCUCCUGGACACAUGCCUGGAGCAGCUGGAUGUCUUCGAGUUCCUCAACCACGUGGAGGAAGGCCUGAAGGAUCACUACGACAUCAAGAUGCUCACUUACCUGAUGCUGGUGCGCCUCUCCACACUCUGCCCUGCUGCCAUCCUUCAGAGGCUGGAACGCCUGGUGGAACCACUGAAAACCACCUGUGGAAGCAAAAUAAAGGCAAAUUCAGUUAAGCAGGAAUUUGAAAAGCAAGAUGAGCUGAAGCGUGCGGCCAUGCGAGCAUUCACUGCUUUGCUAGCCAUUCCAGAUGCUGACAAAAACCCGCUGCUGAAUGAGUUCCUUUCCCACAUCAAGUCUACACCAGAGCUGCUGGCACUGUAUGAAAGCAUACAGAAGGACACCAGUGCGAACGUCACGGACUCUUCAAACGUGAUGGACAUCAGCUGAAAAUCCCAAGUGGCAUCCAGGACUGCUGGCACAGCACUCUCGCGUCACUGGCCUCGUUCGUAGCGGGCACACUCUCGAUGAACAAGGCAGCUGGCAUGUGGGGGUGUGUGCCAGGAGUCGUGGAUUUGUUUGCGUCGCCAAAAGUAUAGUGGAGAACACAAGGAAGCCAAGUUGUUGCCUCGUUGGCUGUUGCGAAGACUCGAGGAAAAGUGCGCCCCCCGCCCUGCCAAUUUACACAUGGCACCCUGGACAGCUUUCGUUUACACCUUUUUUUUUUAAUACGUGUGUAAGAGGGGUGCUGGUGUGAAUCAUGCCAUUUGUCUCAUCCUGAAUUGUGUUUCGGGUUCUUUAUAAAGAGUGCUUGCAAAUGGGACAACAAAAAGAAAAACUGU